AUGCCAACGACAGACUUUACCAAUGAUCCUUCUGCAACUAUGUCUUACAAGGGCCGUCAAAUUCAAGUUCCAGCUAACACUAUUCUUAGAAAUAUGACGGAAAAUCAAAAUGAACCAAUUCAUAAUAACAGUUUUUAUAUUACUUGGAUUCCUAACUAUACUUUAUUUCAUAAUGGUGCCGAGAUUUUUAGGCUAGAAAAUCAAAAGCAUCAAGCAAUCAAGGGGGAUUAG